AUGUACGCCCCCGGAGGCGCAGGGCUGCCCGGCGGGCGCCGGCGGAGGAGCCCGGGAGGCAGCGCUCUGCCCAAGCAGCCGGAGCGGAGCCUGGCCUCGGCCCUGCCGGGCGCCCUGUCCAUCACUGCGCUGUGCACUGCCCUCGCCGAGCCCGCCUGGCUGCACAUUCACGGCGGCACCUGUUCCCGCCAGGAGCUGGGGGUCUCCGACGUGCUGGGCUACGUGCAUCCAGACCUCCUGAAAGACUUCUGCAUGAAUCCCCAGACGGUGCUGCUCCUGCGAGUCAUUGCCGCCUUCUGCUUCCUGGGCAUCCUCUGUAGCCUGUCUGCGUUCCUUCUGGAUGUCUUUGGGCCCAAGCAUCCAGCCCUGAAGAUCACCCGUCGCUAUGCCUUUGCCCACAUCCUCACAGUCCUGCAGUGUGCCACUGUCAUCGGCUUUUCCUACUGGGCUUCCGAGCUCAUCCUGGCCCAGCAGCAGCAGCACAAGAAGUUCCACGGCUCCCAGGUCUACGUCACCUUUGCCGUUAGCUUCUACCUGGUGGCAGGAGCUGGUGGGGCCUCCAUCCUGGCCACAGCAGCCAACCUGCUGCGCCACUACCCUACGGAGGAGGAGGAGCAGGCGCUGGAGCUGCUGUCUGAGAUGGAGGAGAACGAGCCCUACCCGGUGGAGUACGAGGUCAUCAACCAGUUCCAGCCGCCCCCGGCCUACACACCCUAAUGCCAGCUGCUGGGGUUCUUCCUCAGCUCUUCCCCCGACUGCAGCUCCGUUCACACCCAGGGGAGAUCCUUUGCCCCCAGGCCUCACUGGUAGCACCCCGAGCAUCUUCUCCCGACCUCCCCCAGGAGAGACUGCCUGCUCUUGAAACCUGGGGUGCAUGGAUUUGAUGUGAUGCAGUGUCUCCCCACCUGCACUUUCCUCUCCCUCACGCUCAGUAGUCACUACCAACCAGGGAUGGUCAUACAGCUUUCUCCCUUCAUGGACCAUAUCUUUGGGACUGGAACUCCUUGGGGACUGCUGACGGUGCACAGUCCCAGACAAAAGUGUCAGUGGGGCCCCAGGGAAAGGGGGCUGUGCCCUCCAGGCUGGCUUCAGAAGGUCAGUGUUUCUCCCACGGCCGUCGUUCUGGGCUGGCCACCCUGCUCCUUCUCGGAGUGCCCCAGAACCAGGCCACCCACUCCGUGGAGUUCUCUGCACUUUAGUCUUUGGACUUGAUGUCACGUGUGUGCUUGUUUUACGGGGAGGACGAAUUGCUGUUGGGAAGAGGGCCGUUGCUCUCCCCAUCCUGCCCUGCUUUGUGUGGCUGGAGCCCUGGCAGGGAGAGCAGGACGUGGCGUGAGACUGAAGCCUCCUGGUGCCUACCAGGGUCAGAGUGAAGGGUGUAAAUCUCCCAGCCCUUUCACCCUUUAAGAUGGGGGUGGUUUUAAAUGGAAAAAACAAUACCAA